UCUGCGGCGCGCGACGGCGUGAGCGUGAAUAAGGGAGAAUGUGCGAGUAUCAUCUUUCAUAACCUAUAUUUAUAUUUACUUUUAAACAACUUGUAUUUGCCACAAUCGCUGGGUCGCAGCAGCUCAGCUAUUCUUUUCGAGAGGAAUUCGGACCAAGAAAGCACCGAGUACAUAGUCUCAUUUCGAAUGACCCUGCGACUUACAACAUGGCAGGCGGUUUGAGCAUGGACGAGACUCAGUAUCCCAUGAAAAUGUUUGACAAUGAGUUUAUGAUGGAUGUCUCUUAUCAACACUUAAUGACAUCUUUUGAAAUUAAAAGCGAACCAUUUGUUCCAGAAACAGUUCAUGGACCUUACAUACAAAUAAUUGAAGAGCCCAAACAGAGAGGCUUUCGAUUCCGCUACGAGUGUGAGGGACCUUCUCAUGGGGGUCUGCCAGGAGCGUCCAGUGAGAGGAACAGGAGGACAUACCCCACCAUCAAGGUGUGUAACUACGUGGGCCACGCUCGCGUGGAGGUGCAGCUUGUGACACACACAGAUCCCCCACGUGUCCAUGCACACAGUCUGGUGGGAAAACAGUGCAACGAGAAUGGGACCUGCAGCAUUGACAUCGGCCCCAACGACCUCACGGCACAGUUUAGUAAUUUGGGCAUCCUUCACGUCACCAAGAGAGGAGUAGUGGAGGUAUUGACGAAGAGGCUGCGGGAUGAGAAAAGGAGGAUGAAGGAGCCUGGAUACCACUUCAGUGAAACAGAAGAGCAUGCCAUCCAAAAAGAAGCCAAGGAACUGGGCAAAAAUAUGGACCUGAAUAUCGUCAGGUUAAAGUUCACUGCCUACCUUCAAGACAGCAAUGGAGGGUUCACCAGGGCUCUGAGUCCCGUCGUCUCCAACCCCAUCUACGACAGCAAAUCACCUAACGCGUCUAAUCUGAAGAUAUCCCGCAUGGACAAGACCUGCGGCUCUGUGAUGGGGGGAGAUGAGAUCUUCCUGCUGUGUGACAAAGUCCAGAAAGAUGACAUUGAUAUUCGCUUCUAUGAGGAGGACGAGGAAGGUGGCUGGGAAGCGUUUGGAGAUUUCUCUCCCACUGAUGUUCAUAAGCAGUAUGCCAUUGUGUUUAAAACGCCUCCCUACCACAAAACGGAGAUCGAGCGUCCCGUCACCGUGUUCCUGCAACUCAAGAGGAAGAAGGGCGGCGACUGCAGCGAGCCCAAGCAGUUCACCUACAUCCCGCAGGUGCAAGAUAAAGAGGAGGUCCAGAGGAAGAGGAUGAAGUCACUGCCGCACCCCUAUGACCACUGGCGGGGGCCGCAGGGUGGAGCAGGUGGUCUGGGUAGAGGCGCGGGGGGAUUUGGAGGACCAGGAGCGGGCACCACAGGAGGAAUGGGUGGAGGCUUCCCAUACAACCACCAGUUGGAUGGGGCAGGCUUCUAUGGCAGCGGCUGUGGUUUCGGGGGAGGGACGCAGAUGCCAGGCUCCUCUGCACAGCCAGAAAUAGGGCAGGAACGGGCCCCCUCUCCCGUGCAGCAACAGCUCAUCCAGAUUGCCACCGUCCUACAAAACCGUGCCACCGGCUCAGCCAAGCGCAGCGCCAGGGCCCUGCUGGAGUACUGCAGCACCGGGGACGUGCGCCUCCUACUGGCUAUGCAGAGACACCUGUGCGGGGUCCAGGAUGAGAACGGAGACACGCCGUUACAUCUGGCCAUUAUUCACCAGCAGCCCACAGUCGCCCAUCAGAUCAUCCAGACCGUCAUGAACAGCCCUCAGCACAAAUAUAUCAACAAGCUCAACCACCUCCGCCAGACGCCGCUGCAUUUGGCUGUGAUCACUCGGCAGCCCAAAUUGGUGGAGGUGCUGCUGAGAAUGGGUGCUGACCCCACGGUGCUGGACCGGGACGGGCGCACGCCCGUGCACCUGGCCGCCCACACCGGCGACGAGGCCACACUCCGAGUGCUGCUUGGUCUGCUGGGAGAACACCAUGCCCACCUGGUCAACAUGGUGGACUUCUCAGGCAUGUUCCCACUACACCUGGCUGUAAGGAAGGGAGGAGACCGCUGUUUGCGCGUGCUGGUCCAAGCCGGCGCCAAAGUCAACAUGCCUGAGCAGAAGAGUGGCUGUACACCGCUGCACCUGGCUGUCAGAGAGGGCCUCUUCAAAGUGGCCUGCACCCUCAUCACAGAGCUGAAGGCAGACGUUAACGCCUGUACGUUUGGAGGGAACAGUCCGCUCCACCUGGCGGCCAGCCUGGGCUCUCCUCCUCUCUGCUCUAUGCUCAUCGCUGCAGGUGCUGAUAAACGGCUGGAGAAUGACGAGCCCCUUUUCGCCUCCUCCUCCUCCUCCUCAUCUUCGUCUGAUGAUGAAGAACUGGGUGAGAGGCGAGACAACGAGGAAGCGGCGAUCCAGAGCGCCAUGACAGAAGAUGUACAAACAACGACAACAUCGCCAGAGAGAAGCCAGGUUAACCCACGCAAGAGAACCGCUGCUGGGCACACACCCUUCGACCUGGCCAGCUGCCAAAAGGUUAAAGAUCUGCUUGAUGACAGAAACAGUCCCAAGUCAAGCCACCUUUCAACGAAGAAGACGAAAAAGAGCAGCGAAGACAGCGCAGCCAGCCCGUCCCUAGACAGCGAGAUGGUCAUUAAGUUGUGUGAAAUCCUCAACCAAGGCCAGGUGCCCUGGAGAGAGUUGGCAGAGAAACUGGGCAUGCUCACGCUGGCACACCUAUACCAAGAGAGUACUAUGCCCUGCUACAACCUUCUAGAAAACUACCAGUUAAGUGGGGGUCCCCUGGAGGGGCUGGUGGAGGCACUGCAGUCCCUGGGACUGAGUGAGGGUGUCCGACUCCUGAGAGCCAGCCAGCCCAGUGAAGACAAGCAGAGCACAGACACAACUGUGGACAGUGGCUUUGGCAGCCAGGAGGCGGAGAGUCCCGCCAUGACCAACCAGUGACCAGUGCCGUUGGGCGGCCAGGAAACUCACAGCGUCAUGCUUUUGGUUGAUGGGUUGAGGGCGACAGUCGCUGAGCCAGUUGUGCACCUGCUGGUUGAUAUGUGAAGGGGUCAGCCCAUGGACAGCUGUGCUGCUUGACUCUUUACGGCAGCGCAUGUACACAGAAUUUUAAUGUAGGGAGAGUUGUGAGGCCCUCCUGACAAGGUCUCUAAUGUGUACAAAGUGUUUAAAAAAAGGUGUUUUAAAAGAGCUUGCACUUGUAAAGUUAUUAGGACCCACAUCUACCUGAGGCCUUUUGAUGAACGUUGUCCAUCAGUUUCUGAGUCUAGAUUUUAAUUCCUCCAUGGAAGUGCAAGAAAUGUGUUGGUUGCUGAAUUUUGUCUUUAUCUGAAUUUGACUGAUUUAGUGUAUUUACUAAUACUGUGUAUUUAUGAGCUGUUUUGAGGUUUGUUUUCAGCUAUAUGCCUGUGCAAUAGAACUAUGUUUGAGUCUUUGAUACAAUGCAUCUGUGUAAGCUGUCAUUUAAAUAUAUUUUUAAAAUUAA